AUGUUCCGUCGAUCGAAGAAGCAUCAGGCUGAGUCGGUAAUCAAGAAGGAGCCCGUGGUACAGCGGCAUGUAGUGCAUGAGCACCCGGUCAUAGUCCACCGCCAACACCACGUACAGCCCAUCAUCCACGAGAAGGUCAGGCACAUCAAGCCCGUGCACCGCACGGAGAUCACCACCGAACGCCCCAUCAUCACCAGGGAGGUGAUUGUUCAGGACUCAGGUGUGGUGGCGCACAAGCCAACCGUGGGACAGAAGCUGAAGGGCACGGUGAAGGAGCUGAGCGGCGCCAUCACCCGCAACCCGGCCAAGAAGGAGGAGGGCCGCAUGCUCAAGCGCGGCAUGGCCACCACCCAGCCCGCCUACAUGUAG